AUGUUGCCGAUGGAUAUUAUCAUGCAUGACAUUAGCUCUGGCGCACAGUCGGGCAGAUAUACGGGCGUGGUGGAGAGUUUCUCGGACAUCUAUAAGCGUGAGGGCAUCAGAGGCUUCUGGAAGGGCGUGGGCGCACCGCUGCUAAUCGAUAUACCAAGGCGGGCCAUACGCUUUGUCGUCUUUGAUCAGACACAGCCGUUAUUUAUGUUCGAGUCCAAGCAUCCCACACUUUUUACGUACGGGCUGGCCGGAGGCUUGGGCAGCAUUGCCGAGGUUCUGGUCAUGAGUCCCUUUGAGGUUAUACGCAACGCCCAAAAGAGAAAAGAAAAGCUUCGAAAAAAGACAAGCACCUUGACGACGGCCGUGGAGAUUAUACGCCACCAGGGCAUUGGAUCCAAAGGACUCUACAGAGGCGUCACCACCGCUCUAUUACGCAACUGUGCCUUUCACAUUGCCUACUUUGGUUUCUACGGCAGCGUGCGCGACUUGACUCCAGCUUUCCAUAGCACUACGCUGGAGUUUAUACGCCGCUUCACCAUCGGCUAUGUAGCUGGCGCUUUGGGCUGUCUGCAUGCAAUGCCCUUUGAUGUGGCCAAGAAGCGUAUACAGCGUCCGCAGCGCUGCAAGAUUAAGUAUCGCUGGACUUUCAGCACAAUGCACACCUUGUGCAAGGAGGAGGGAUGCCGUGCGCUUUUCAAGGGUGCCACUCGUCAGAUUAUCCGCGUUGCGCCCGCCAGUGCCAUAUUGAUAACAGGCUAUGAGUUCUCUAGCGAGUAUUUGAUGCGAAAUUAUGGCUGA